AUGACAACUCCAAGGGAGCCUAAACUGGGGCUUGAAUGCCUGGCUCCCCCCUCCCCGCCCUCCCUCCGCCCCCCGCCGCUGUCUCCAUCCCUCCGGCUCUGCGCUGCAGCCGCUGCGCCAUCCCGGACCCAGACUCCGGCGCCGGCCGGGGCCCCUGACUCCGGCUGCAGGGACCCUGUCCCAGCGGGAGUGCAAGCAUGUCAGCGGAAAAGUCAGGCCUCCCGGACUCCGUCCCUCAUACUUCGCCACCUCCAUACAAUGCCCCCCGCGGUGGGCACGCUGCCGCUGGGGGGCUACGUGGCGCCUGGCUACCCCCUGCAGCUGCAGCCCUGCACAGCUUACGUGCCGGUCUACCCGGUGGGCACGCCCUACGCAGGAGGAACCCCGGGGGGCACUGGAGUGGCCUCCACUCUGCCCCCGCCGCCCCAGGGCCCGGGUCUGGCCCUGCUGGAGCCGAGGCUUCCCACCCCGCCGCAGGUGCGCACGGCCCUGGCCCGCGGGGAUAUGGUGUCCGCCGAGAUCGCGUCGCGCGAGGCCCGGAACUUCUCCUUCAUCUCCCUGGCCGUGGGCAUCGCAGCCAUGGUGCUCUGUACCAUCCUCACCGUCGUCAUCAUCAUCGCCGCGCAGCACCACGAGAACUACUGGGACCCCUGAAGACGCCCCGGCCCGGCCCUCUCUGUGCCCGGCGACCUCCCGGGAGCGCUCUGCGGUCGCGCCGCGGGACUUCCUCGCAUC